UCAAGCUUUCAAAACUAGUUACAAAACCGCAGCGUGUUUUUAAAGCAAAGCAAGUUGUGGAGGGAGAAGAAGUGAGAAUUGUAGGAAUCACUGUAUGCGAUAGUAACGAGGAGCUCUGUAUAGCGCUUCUAGAGAAUGACCAAGCGUAAACGAGUCGGUACCGGUGGUCGUGCCUCCGGGUCAGGCCUUCAGAUUCAAGGUAGUGUAUCUGAGGGAUCGGAAGGCCGCGGAAAGAAACGGCGAAAGCGAUCCACGUCGCCAAAUACUGACCCAGCUGAUAUUUGUGUAGAAUUAUACGAAGUCAUCAGGAGUUUUAGAGAUGAUAGUGGAAGAAUUCUUUGUGAAUCCUUUAUUCGAUCACCAAAGAGGAGGAACAGUCCUGAGUACUUUGAAGUUGUUUCAACUCCUAUUGAUUUGUUAAAGAUACAGCAACGUCUGAAAACUGAUGAAUAUGAGGAUGUUGAUGCUUUUAGUGCCGAUAUACAACUGUUAUUUGAUAAUGCCAUCAAGUUCUAUAAGCCUGAUGUUCAGGAACACCAGGAUGCUAUUAAACUCAAAGAGGCUUUUGAAGAGGCAAAGACAAGACUUUGUUCUCAAGUGGAUAAAGGAGAAGGAGUGUUUGAUGAUGAUAUGGAAGGAGAUGGCGAUGAUGAUGAAGGGGAUGAUGAUGGUGAUGAGGAAAGUGAGGAUGAUGACAAGACAGAGAACAGCAAGCAAAUGUUUUAUAAUGAAGAACUUGCAGUUGGGAAAAAACAGUCUGGUUUCCUAGCAGAUGAGGAUGAUAAUGAGUCGUCCUCCACACGAGAUGAUGAGGAAGCAGAUUCUGCCUCUAAUGUUCUAACUUACUGUGGGGAACUUGUCAGUGCGGUGUUGGAAAUGAAAGAUAGCCAGGGACGAGUCAUUUGCCAACUUUUCAAGAAGUUACCACCUGAAAGUCUUUAUCCAGAAUACUAUGAGAUCAUCAAAGAACCCAUAGACUUGAAAACAAUCUCCACUAAACUGAGAAAUAACCAAUAUAUGAACCUUGAGGAUGCUGAGAAAGAUCUGUUGUUAAUGGUCAAGAAUGCUCAUGCCUUUAACGAGCCUGGCUCUCAAGUAUAUAAGGAUGCCACUGCUAUCAAGAAAGCAAUACAGACAAAGAAGGCAGAAAUUGAUCACACACUGAUGGGUGCCAAGUCAAGCAAAAGAUUGAAAGCACGCAGGAGCACUGGUAAGAUGAACACUUCAGUGGCAGCAUUCCUUGAGGAGACAGGAGAUAGUGUGGAAGAAAGGCCUGAACUGCCUGAGGAGGAAGAACACCAUACAGAAGAUAGUUUACACGGUGAUGAAGAUGGUAGUGGAGAUCAAGACUCAGACAACCCGCUCAUGAUGCUUUUUUCUGAGGUUUAGCGUUUCACUGACCCAACUGGCCGUGCUCUCUCAGAGCCUUUCCUCAGGCUGCCAUCAAGGAGAGCUUACCCUGAUUAUUAUGAAGUAAUCAAGCAGCCUAUUGCUUUGUCAAAAAUCCGAUCUCAAAUAAAGACUGGUCAAUAUGAAAAUAUUGAGGAGCUGGAAAAAGACAUGGACUUGUGUUUUCUGAAUGCACAAACAUACAAUGAGCCCAACUCAAUGCUUUAUAAGGAUGCUCAAAGGAUGCAAGAACACAUGAAAAAGAAGAAGGUUGAAAUUUUGAAAUAUAUGGAAGAGAGGGGAAUCAGUUUAGAAGAUUACAAGAAAAAGAAGAAGUCCAAGAAAGUGGAACCUGAGUUAGCAACAACAACAACAACAACAACUACAACAACAGUAACAACUGGAAAAGAGGUCACCAGUGAAGCCAUGAUUGAGAGAAAACCAAAGACAGAGAUAAGAAAACCUAAGAAAACCAAACGUGUUGAGGAGGUUGACCCUAUUUUGUUAAGGAAAAGAAUGCGUCAGCUAUACAAGGCUGUCUUGAAUUACCAGGAUGAGAAUGGAAGAUACCUAUCAGCAAUAUUUGUGGAACUUCCCUCUGCACAGGAUUAUCCAGAUUACUAUCAAGUCAUAUCUGAACCAGUGUGCUUGAGCCAGAUUGAGAACAACAUCAGGGACAGCAAAUAUUCUGGGGAGGAAGAACUUAUGCUUGACUUUGAAGUUAUGUUUGACAAUGCACGUUAUUACAAUGAGGAGGAUUCCCAAGUGUAUCAGGAUGCCUGCACAUUGGAGAAAGUGCUUAGAAAAAAGAAGAAAUCACUUGGUCCACUUCAGCAAGCUCCUUCUCAGGCUGUUGAAGUGCCUGCUGGGACAUCUCAUGCAACACCAGUUAAGCAGGCAACACCCACCAAGUCUGGGAGAAUAUCAUCCUCACCUGGUGCAGCCAAAAAGUACAGUCAGGUGCCUUCUGCUACCAAUGAAUUAAAGGAACUGUGUCGGGAGUUGUUUAGUGCUGUUAAAGAUUGCACUGACAGGCAUGGAAGUCAACUUUGUCUCAUCUUUCAAAAGCUGCCAUCAAGAACAGAAUAUCCAGACUAUUACACACUGAUCAAAAAGCCAAUAGAUAUGGCCAAGAUCAACUCCAAACUUUAUGGAGAACAAUAUCAUACUCUGGAUGACUUCCUCUCAGAUUUUCAACUGAUGUUUGACAAUGCUUGUCGCUACAAUGAACCUGACUCUCAGGUCUACAAGGAUGCCUUGAGCCUUGCCAGGGAAUUGUUGAGAAAGAAAGUGGAAUUAGUUGGAGAUGAGAGUAAAGUGCCCAACAUGCAAGAUGUUGUUCGCAAACUUUUGAAUGCUUUGCAUCAAGCUGUAAUGACUCAUGUGGAUGAUGAAGGACGCUGUUUUAGCGAUUCUCUGGCAGACUUUUCUAUACUUCAACAAGACAAACGUUUAUCUCUGUCCAGCAUUGGAGAAGCCCUCAGAAAGGGGCAGUACCACAGAUUGGACAGAUAUCAAGAGGAUGUUUUUGCAAUCUUGGAAAAGGCCAGGGAGAUCUUUCGUUCAGAUACUGAGGUGCCAGUAAGCGAUGAAGCAUGUGAACAGGAGUUGUCCUACAAAGACAUUCAAAUACGAGUUGGAGAUUUUGUGUACCUUAAACCAAGAGAGGAAGACCUUCAGCCACAUAUUGUAUCUGUUGAAAAGCUUUACAGAGAUAACAAUGGAGAAUUGUGGUUGUAUGGAAGCUGGUUUUAUCGACCUGAGGAGACAUUUCAUACUGCUACGAGGAAAUUCCUAGAAAAGGAAGUGUUUAAGAGUGAUUACUAUGAAUGCUCAAACUUGAAGCAAGUCGUGGGAAAAUGUUAUGUUAUGUUUGUUAAAGACUUCUUCAAGCAGAAGUCAGAGAAUUUCAAAGACGAAGAUGUUUUUGUUUGUGAAUCAAGAUACAAUGUCAAGGCAAAGUCGUUCAAAAAGAUAAAGGUGUGGUCUGUACCUCCAUCAAAAGUCCGUCAUGUCGCAAGAGAAGAACCUCUCCACCCGAGACGUGUUCCAUCGGUUUUUGUCAACAAAACAGGCAACACUGCUCAGCCAAUGGAAAUCGAUUCAGGAGAAGCACCUGUCCAUGAUGCGAAAAAGAAUGUGGUUCUGGAGUCUCCUCAGAAUGCGGAAGAAGGCUGCAUACAUUAUGAACAGUUUUAUGUGAGAGACACUCCCUACAAGCUUGGUGACUGUGUCUAUGUCAGGUCAGAUGAAGGAUUUCUGUGCAUGUCCAGAAUUGAUAAGUUGUGGACAGACAGGAGUGGACAUGCUUGGUUUCAUGGCCCUUGGUUUAUCACACCUGCCAGUACUCAGCACCUACCUACCAGGAUGUUUUAUGAAAAGGAAGUGUUCCUCAGCUCUUUAGAAGAAACCUUGCCUAUCGGCGCCAUUGCAGGAAAAUGUUGUGUAUUGUCAUUCAGGGAAUAUAUCAGAUGUCGGCCCACAGAAAUACCAGAGAAAGAUAUUUACCUGAACGAAGCGAGAUAUGACGAAGAAGAAGGACAAUUCAGAAAACUGAAAGGUCUCAAGCGCUAUACUUUGACAGUCAGUGUGCAAGAAGAUGAAUACUACUUCUUUGAAAAACCCAUCAGCCCAGUGAAGGUUCCUUCUCGUCUCCUGAUUGAAGACCUGGAUUUAUUAGAAGAAGAGCGUAGUCAAUCCCCUGCCUUGAAUUUGACAGAUUCAACAGGCGAUGGAAGCAAGAAGCCUAAAAAGCAGAGAGGUCAGUCAGGAUACCUUCUAUUUUCUCAUGAAAUGAGGGCAACAAUUAGAAAGGAACACCCAGAGUAUGCAUUUGGCGAAAUAAGUCGUAUCAUUGGAGUGGAGUGGCGUAAUAUAAGUGCACAGAAGAAAGCUGACUAUGAAGCAAGAGCUCAACUACAGCUUUCCCAAAGUGAAUCUGAGAGUUCUGUUGACAGCGGACAUGUUAUUCCAACCGGACCUGUUUUGGUGUACGAGUGUUUAUGGAAAGGUUGUGAUUACCAAUAUGAGGAUCUUCACGAUAUGAGGAUACAUCUGCUGGACAGCACAUGCCAUCUCCGCAAAUCAGAGGAUGGAUUGUUUCAUUGCCUGUGGACCACAUGUACAAGGGCACGGCGUGGAUUCAGACCAUUUAAUGCUAGUUCUAAGCUAUUCAGGCAUUGUUGGGAGGUGCAUUUGACAGGUCAACCGAAGCAAAUUUCUCAGCAGCAAAGAAGCAAGAACUAUUUCCCGAAACAUCAGGCAGCCUUGGUUACUUCCACUCCAGAACCUUCAACUGCUCAGCGCACGACUGCCGCCCCUGUGACUGCGCCUUCAGCCGGGGCUAAUGCAGUCUCGGCUCACAUGAUGGCCACGAUUCCAGGGGGAAAUCAAUUUUCACAGACAGCCAAUCAAAUGCAAGGAAAUGCUUAUGUAGGAGGAAGGAUGACACCCCAAGCCAUGCAGCAAGCUCUUUAUCAAGGAAAUACAGGAGUGAGUGGUAUGGCUUCAAAUACCUCGCCGGUGUCAGGCAUGAUGCAUAUGAACAUGGGUAUGAGUGGCAUUACACAGCAACCUGCACAACAAUCUGCAGCGGCGGCAGCUCAAAUCGGAGGCUUCCCUCAGCAACAUCAACAGCAACUCAAACAGCAGUUCAGUCCUGCUCCACAGCAACAGCAGUUCAAUUUCCAACAGCAGGUGAACCAGAUCAGCACAAUGCAGCAGCAGCAGCAACCACAGCACUAUCCUCAGCAGAUACAACAGCAGCAACAGCAACAACAACACCAACAGCAACAGCAACAACCACCACCACAACAACAACAACAGCAGCAGCAGCAGCAGCAAGUGGCUCCACAUGGAACAGCUAUACCACCUCCUAAGGAAGCGCCCGCACCCAUAUUCCUCGCUCCACCACCCAAACCUCAAAGGCUACAUCAUUCCGAUGCUUACCUGAGGUACAUUGAAGGACUUCGUGAUGGGAUCCCUCAUAUGAGCAAUUGGAACCAGGCUCGCAAACCUGACGCUUCCUCUAUGACGCCUCAACAACUAGCUCAAUUACCAAUUCAGUGGCUGGGGUGCGGUUAUGGCGACUAUGAAAAUGCUGUGGAUGCUUUGUGGAAUUUACGAGAUCACAUGCUCAGAGAUGCGUUGACUCUAUCCAGGGUCACAGAACAGUAGAUACGUACACAUAACUUAUGUUAGAGUGUCCUUCGAUCGGCACAUGCUUAGGAGAUAACUUCGUUUGUGUUAUAUCAAGUCGUGAACAUGUUCGUUUGCACUGUUAGACAACAAGAGGUCGUUCCGUAAGGAACCACCGUUUUGUUUUUUUGUUGUUGUUGGUUUGUUCGUUUUCUUUCAGUGGAAGACUUUAAAGGUGUUUCGACUGACUCAGUAUUUUUAAUCAUUUCGUUAAAUGUUGUUAUUCAUAGAAGUGAGCUCAGUAAAUAUGGAAUAUAUACCAUGA